GUUUUGCGUUAGUUGUGCUACUCUUUCAUGACAGAAUAUAACAAUAUGACUUGUUGUAAGGUUUACAUUGAUUAAUUUAGCAAGUGAGAGUGCUCAAUGCUCACAUUUACCUCAUAGUGUUUAGAAGACAGUUUCAAGUAUUACUUUCCCUGAUUGGAAAUAUUUCCCAGGCCUAACAAAGGGGGUGACUAACGCUAGAGGAUGUAGAUAUUAUGUUCCUCAUAUUAAUCAUAAUGUAACUCCAGUGUUGAGCAGGUUACUCAGUAGCCCUGGGAAAUGAUGGCACUCUCACUGUGGAAAUGUUGAGCACUACAAACAUUUGUCACACAGCACUGACACAACUUCAAUUGUUAAGAGUCAUAUUAUACCUAAUACCGGACGACAAGGCUGUGUGUGUGUUUACUGAUCUUGUGUUUACUCUUCAUUAUCCUGACUGAUGACUCAGUCAUACACUAAGUUGUUUUCCAGUUGGUCUGUGGAAGUAGGCCAUGGGAAUGUUAUUGUGUUAUAUGUUCAUGCUUUAUGUGUUUGAAGAGGCAACAUGUGAAGAGUUUCAAUCCAAAACGCUAUAUAUGUAUUUUCAGAAAUGUGCUUUUAUUGUUUUAACAAAUUAUGAAAGAGAUUGGUGUAUUUUUUCACUAUCUAAUCGUGACAUGGGGUUGUUCAACGACAGACAUGUACAGUAUUUGUUUAACAUCUAUCACUUGAUGGUUUCAUUUCAGGGAGAAAAAUAAUCAUGUUUUUUUGCUAAAUGCUGCAGUAUAUCCACCUCUCUCAGAGAAAUAAGUAGUACUGCUAGAUUUUACACAGUGAAAUGUGACAAAUAACUAAAAAAAUUUAUCAAGAUAUGUACAAGUGAUACAUUUGUGACAUCGAUAUUAUAAUUUUUGUAUGAUAAUUCAAUAUAGUAAUAUGAGAUCUGUAUGUAAAACAUUUACUUUUUACAUUUGACUCAUUUAGCAGAUGCUCAUAUUGUAACGAUCGUCGUAAUCCAGAGGCGAGAAGGAUCAGACCAAUAUGCAGAGUGGUUAGUGUUCAUAUUUAAUGAAAAUAGACUGAACACUUAACAUACAAAACAACAAACGUGACAAACCGCAAACAGUCCCGUGUGGUACUAACACAGACACGCGAUACAAACACCCACAGCAACCACGUGAAUCACAGGCUGCCUAAGUAUGAUUCUCAAUCAGGGACAACGAUUGACAGCUGUCUCUGAUUGAGAAUCAUACCCGGCCGAACACAAACAUCCCAACUUAGAAGAAACACAUCGACAACCCACCCCAACUCACGCCCUGACCAACUAAAAUAAUACAAGAGAAAGGAAAAACAGGUCAGGAACGUGACACAUAUCCAGAGCAACUUACGGUGUGUAGUUGGUGAGAAGCCAGCUGGCUGGCCUUCGAGACACUCCUUCACUACGAUGUAGAGUCCAGAAGAGAGAGAACGAGAGAGCGUGUGAAAAACAGACACUCCGGCUGGAAGAGAAACUGAAAGCGGGUGAGUAAGACAUCGCAGGAAGGAUCGGAAAGAAAGAUAGGGAGACAAACCAGAAAGAAGGAAGAGGAACAACACCAGGGGGAGAUGAGAGAGAGAGAGCGAGAGAGAGACUUUCAAUCAUUGACCUCAGACCCUGCCUCCAAACCAACCUCUCCCUCCCUCCUUCUCCUUUCCCUGCACUGGAACUGUUUACCCUCUCUCACACCUCCGUCACAACAGGACCCCAUCCUUCACUCUCUCCCUUCACCCUUUCCCCUCUUCCUGAAGACCCUAAGGACUUGAACCUUCACCUUUAACCCCACCUGUGUAACCACUGGGCGGGAAAAGACAUCACCAAAAAGACAUCACCAGGAACACUUCAGAACCACUUCAAACAUCAUCAUCACCAUGUGCCACGUGAUCGUGACCUGUCGCUCCAUGCUGUGGACUCUACUCAGUAUCGUGGUUGCCUUCGGAGAGCUCAUCGCCUUCAUGAGCACCGAUUGGCUGGUGGGCUUCCCCCGGACACCAGACGCCGUCUUCGGCCCUCAUGGUGCCACAGCGGCUGGCGAGGCCUACCGGCCCACCCUGGGCAUCUACGGCCGCUGCAUCAAGCUGCCCCACUUGCGGCGCGGUGUGCUGUGUGGGCCGUACGCCGUGCACUUUGGGGAGAUCGCCAGCGGGUUCUGGCAGGCAGCGUCCAUCUUCCUGGCGGCGGGGAUCCUGCUACUGUGUGCCGUGGCCUUCAUCUCCGUCUUCACCAUGUGCUUCCAGAGCAUCAUGAAGAAGAGCAUCUUCAACGUGUGUGGACUGCUGCAGGCCAUCGCAGGUCUGUUUCUGAUCCUGGGUCUGAUGCUGUACCCUGCAGGCUGGGGUUCAGACAAGGUGCAGCUGUACUGUAGUCAGGACGCGGCUCCCUACCAGGCAGGGCUGUGUACCAUGGGCUGGGCCUUCUACACAGCCAUGGGAGGCACUGUGCUCACCUUCAUCUGCGCUGUGUUCUCAGCCCAGGCCGAGAUCGCCACGUCCUCAGACAAGGUGCAGGAGGAGAUCGAGGAGGGCAAGAGUCUAAUCUGCCUGCUCUGAGAUGGACCAGGAGGGGAGAAGGAGAGGAAUGUCAAGUCCCACCCCCUCUUCUCCACUCUGGGUCCCAGCUGUCAAUCAAACGGAAGCCCCAUGUUGUUUACCACUAAGACUGACUCUCUGACCUUUGACCCUGUAUUGUUGUUAUUGUUCAUGUGGGAUAAAUCUACAGUGCCAAGCUUUUCACAAACCUGUGUUUCAAUGUAUUUCCUCUCUCCGUCACCAGAGGUGCUGUCUGUCUGUGUUCUGUGUUAUUAUUUCUAAUGUGUGCCAGUACCAGCUACCCUGACACCAGUAUGUGUGUAUUGUAAAUAAGUGUGUAUAUACUGUACAUAGUGAUGAUGAUGAUGAUCUGAGAAUGGUGGUCCUCUCAGCUCUGUUCAGGCUGUGUUUUAAAUUAGUGUCACUCUUGCCUUGAAUACUGGUGUGAUGAGGACAACACCUAAAGACCAGCCUUCCUGGUGCUAAUCUUCUGUUGUACCCUAAAACGCCAGGUAGAAGUUGCCCCUAACUACAGAUCUAGUAUCACAUUACCCAACCCAAAGUCAUAACCUGAACCACGAGAAGGAUAAAAUAAUAUCGUAUCGCAUCCCGGACCCGCAGUUAGAGGUAACUUCUACCAGCUCCAGCUUAAACCAGGUGUGAGUAACUCUACAAGGGAACCACUACUCAGUCCAGUAAACUACUCACAGACAUGUCCUUAGUUUAGCAUGGAAUCAUGAUGUCCUUAAAGCUUACAGAAUGUACUGUCAAUUGAAAUGACCAAUGUAUGUCUUCUUGAACCCUUGAAAUGUAUUGAUGGGAUGGACACCUACACAAGCCACAGUUACACAUGGACUGCAUGAGCUAGCUAAGAAAGACUUGGACAACUUGGUCAACGAUACACACAAGUAUUCCUAUUAGUGUAUUCCUAUUAGUGCCUUGUUUCAGGAAGGACUCCUAUUCCUGCAACACCGAGGCAGGUCAGUUAUUCCUACAACACCAGCCACAGCGCUGGAGAGAAACUGUUGAGGCUUGUGUUGUUGCGUCAUCAUCUGACUAUCACAGCUCCCCAGUCUGUCUCUCUGCCAAACCAAUAAAAACAGAAUGAAAAAGACAAGAA